AUAUCCCGUCUUCCUCUCAGCGUCAUUUCUCUCGAAGUCCAUCAUCAAAUUCUUCGUCUUCGUUGCUACUUCUCUGCAUUUCACCAAUGGAUUCUGCUCUGAUAAUUCCGGUUGUUUCGGUGAUCAUCGGUGCCCUAAUUGCCAUUGUUUUCUUCGGCAGCUACUUCCGCAAGCGAAGAUCCGAAGUCCAAACCAUUUCGCAUCCAGAGCUUCCAUCGGAUCCGAAGAAGCAACAGAAGCCACCUCAGACUAAGAAGCCUCACUCCAAGUCUCACUCUCAUUCCUCCGAUAAGGAUCAAAACAAGAAACAUCAUCCGUUGGAUUUGAACACAUUGAAAGGACAUGGAGAUUCUGUGACUGGAUUAUGCUUCUCCUCGGAUGGAAGUAGUUUAGCGACCGCCUGUGGUGAUGGAGUGAUCAGAGUAUUCAAGCUGGAUGAUGCAUCAAGUAAAAGUUUCAAGUUCUUGCGAAUUAAUUUGCCUGCUGGAGGUCAUCCAAUUGCAGUUGCAUUUGCUGACGAUGCAACCUCAGUCAUUGUAGCCUCUCAAGGUCUUGCUGGUUCUUCUUUGUACAUGUAUGGAGAAGAAAAACCCAAAGCUUCGGGUGAAACUAAGCAGCAACCCAAGCUCCCUCUCCCUGAAAUCAAGUGGGAACAGCAUAAGGUGCAUGAUAAAAAAUCUGUUCUGACCUUAGUAGGUGCAACUGCUAGUUAUGGCAGUGCCGAUGGGAGUACGAUUGUGGCUUCAUGUUCAGAAGAGACUGAUAUUAGACUCUGGCAUGCAAAAACGGGAAAGCUUGUGGGUGAUGUUGACACUAAUCAAUUGAAAAAUACCAUGGCUACUUUGUCACCAAAUGGACGUUUUAUUGCGGCAGCUGCUUUUACUGCAGACGUGAAGGUAUGGGAGAUCGUCUACUCAAAAGAUGGUUCAGUUAAGGAGGUUUUAAGGGUCAUGCAGCUGAAAGGACACAAGAGUGCAGUGACUUGGUUAUGUUUUACCCCAAAUUCAGAGCAAAUCAUUACUGCAUCAAAGGAUGGUUCAAUGAGAAUUUGGAACAUCAAUGUGCGGUAUCAUCUCGACGAGGAUCCAAAAACCCUCAAGGUGUUCCCCAUUCCAUUGCAUGAUUCAAAUGGUACUACGUUGCAUUAUGAUCGUCUCAGUCUAUCUCCCGAUGGAAAGAUAUUGGCAACAACGCAUGGUUCCACACUGCAGUGGUUAUGUGUUGAAACUGGAAAGGUUCUAGACACAGCUGAGAAAGCUCAUGAUGGUGACAUCACAUGGAUAUCGUGGGCGCCUAAGGCUAUUCCAUCAGGAGAUAAAAAGGUAAUGGUUUUGGCUACUGCGAGUGUGGACAAGAAAGUAAAGCUAUGGGCAGCACCGUUACUGAGUUAAAUUUGCAAACGGAUCUGUGGGCUAAAAGAUAAAAAGUAACUUUGGGUGGGAGCUCCUGAUUUGGCAUAUCAAGUGAUUUUCUUGCAAAGUUAUCUAAUUUCAUACUGGAAGUGGGAAGUCACUGUCGUCAACAGCUGCUGCCGAAUCUGACAGGUAAGAUUAUUCGACCUCUUUGACAUUAGAGCGUCUUUAGUAACACACUGAUGAGUCGGUUUUCAGCCAGAGAAUGAGCGAGAGAUGUUUUUUGAAACUAAAACUUUUUUUUUUUCUAAAUACGUAAAACGAGGGAAAAGGAAUAAGUUUUAGAUUUUAAAUUACCUUAUGGUUAAAAAAAGAUGUUGGCAUUUAGCAAUGAGAUAUUUAUUAAAUUACCAGUGUUUGCGGGGAGGUACAGUUGAUGAUGCCUAUGUGAUUGGAGUGAUGAUUUGGUUUUGUUUUGUUUUUAUUCUGUCUUUUCGACUUUAAGUGGUGAGGUUUUAAGUUUGGCAUMACGCUUCUUCAAAUUUCAUAACUACAUGACUUUUGUCUUAUUUGUAUAAAAAUUGAUGGUGUUAUAAUAGGUAUUUCAUUUGCAUUCA